UGAACACCAAUUGUUAUAGGUAAGCUUUCUAAUACUGAAAAUGGGUAUUUGACAAAAACUUAAGAAAUAGCCCAAAUUUGGAGUGGUAUCACUGGAAUUUUGACUGGAGUUUGAUGGAAUUUGGGUGGCUGAAGCUGAGGGGGUGGAAGGACUGAAGGGGUACAUUUUCUCCAAUUCUAACCCCUAAAACCUCCUUGAAUCAUAAAAACCUAGCUAUUUCACUAACCCAAACACUAAAUAAUUCUAUAGAAAAGACUCCGAAAGUGAUGACCUCCCACUUCACCCCUUACUUGAGAUGAGAGAUCUCCACAAAAAGAGAAAGAAGAAUAAGAACAGGAAAUCGCUCCAGAUCUCAAACAAAUUCCAAUCGUUCAGACGCUUAGACAGAGAAGGCUCAUGAAAAAGGAGGUCUGUGAACAAUCCAAACCAGGAUGUAACUGUGACUCCGAACCUUCCAAAGCCACAGGUAUUGGGAGAGAAGAGGAACAACUCCAGCAUAAAAGAGGUCAAAAGGACUCCCGAGGUAACAAGAAAGUCCCUGAUGCCUAGUUUUGAAUCAGGGUAAUAAAAGCAGCCAAGGGAGAAGAAGUCUCUGAGUUUAUGACUCUAACAGAAAUAGCUUGAAAGCUGGAUCAUAUAACUUUAGAGUAAAGGAAGUCAAAGAAUCCAAUUCUCCUAAUCUAGAUGCUCCUCUUAGCACUGCUGAAGAUAGCAGGUUCCUAUCAGUACAAGGAUAUACCAUGAGAGAUGCCAAAGGCUUUUUAAUUAAGAGACGAAAUAAGUCUGAGGCAGCCUCAAUUUCACCAAAGAUGAAAUCAAAGGGCAGUUCAAAAAGGAAGGUUCUAAUGAGCAUCAAAAUUAAUCUAGUUGUCAAAGCCUUAGAGGCCUACACAAAAUUAACCAACCCAGACGAAGAACUUAUGGUCAUAGCCAAGGGGUGUGUCAAGCAAUCUUAUUGCAAAGUGGAGCGUCUUAUUUACAAAAUACUCAAAAAGUUCGGACCUCAGCUUGAGAUUGAAAAGAAACAAAAAGUUAUCAGCGCUUUGAAAUCCCCUGCAACAGAUGCGAGUUCUUUUAGGACUCUAGCACCUGAGAGAAAGAAGAGGAUACAUAGACUUAACAUGGGUGUAUCAAGGAACAAGAAUAUUAUUAUGAACUCACCUAUGACAAGGAAGCAUAACCUCACAGUAGGAAACCCUGAUCUACCUCAUUCAUGCCGAGGCAAAGGCAGCUUAUUUGUUCUUGACAAGGGCAACAAGUUGAAGCUAAAUAUCCGUGCGAAGAAAGUCGUCCUCCCUCCCAUCUCUGGGAGUAAGGAAAAAGGGCUUACUUCAAAGAUCAAACAAUUUCUUGGCAUUCAGAAAAAGAAAAAGAACUUCAAGUACAUCAUAUUCAAGAGAAAGAUUCAUGAAAAUUAAUCAUAAUUUGUUAUAAAUUUUGAUAAACUUAAGUAGCCUCAAUAGUUCAAGAGUAGGACUGGAUGAGUAGGGUACGAGAAUUAGGUUAUAGAGACUGGGAACAAAUUUUGGACCUAGCAACUCCUUCAUUAACAGCAUUUGAUAUAUUAUUGUCACUGUUAGGAGUCCCUGAAUUCACAAAUUUUGUCAAAUUCAUUUAAUAAAAGAUCUGCAUU